AUGCCAUCUAUCCAUCCCGCCAUCGAUAACGGUAUCAAGAAGGGCGAUCCCAACUUUCCCGGCGGCAAGCUUUACUGCCAUUGCCCCUCCAAGAAGGUCGAAGUCACCCUUUCCAGCAACGUCGCGCACAACCACGCUUGCGGCUGCUCAAAAUGCUGGAAGCCUAAGGGCGCUCUCUUCUCAGUCGUCGGUGUCGUUCCCGUAGAUGCCCUCUCCGUGACCGCCAACGGUAACAAGCUGCACAUAAUCGACGAGUCGGCGGCCAUCCAACGCAAUGCCUGCAAGGAGUGUGGAGUUCACCUCUUUGGUCGCAUCAUGGUCGACCAUCCAUUCAAGGGCCUGGACUUUGUGCACACCGAACUUAGCGAUAAGAAGGGAUGGCAGGAGCCCCAAUUCGCGGCAUUCGUCAGUAGCAUCAUCGAGCAAGGUUUCAACCCCAAGGAGAUUGAUGCCGUAAGAGAGAAGUUCAGGAAGGAGGGACUCCAGACAUACGAUGUACUGAGUCCGACGUUGAUGGAUCUCAUCGCCACCUAUACUGCGCAGAAGAGCGGAAAGCUCUCAUCGAAGUUGUAG